UUAAACCAAAACUUGUUAAAUUUAGGUCAAGUGGUAAUCUCUAUAAUAUCCCCAAUUCAAUUUUUUCAUAUUCCCUGUAAAUCUAACCCCGUUUAGUUCAAUUUUAGCAAUCGCAAGCCAUUUUACUUCAAUCAAAACUCCCAAUUCAUUCAAUUUUGUACGACUACAAACCAUAAAAAAUGGGGAUUUCUAGGGUUUGCAUAGACCCUUCCAAACCUACAUGUUCAUCUUCAUCUUCAGAAUUAACUUCUUCCACAGCUAAAAUGGAGACUAUAAAUGGCUCCCACGAGUUUAAGAUUACUGGGUAUUCUUUAUCCAAGGGGAUGGGAAGCGGAAAGUAUAUAGCUUCUGAUACGUUCAUGGUGGGAGGCUAUUCAUGGGCAAUUUACUUUUAUCCUGAUGGAAAAAGUCCUGAUGAUAACGCAACGUAUGUAUCUUUAUUCAUCGCUUUGGCGAGUGAAGGUACCGAUGUUCGAGCUUUGUUUGAAUUGAAGCUUGAAGAUCAGAGUGGUAGAGGUAGGCAUAAGGUUCAUUCCCAUUUUGGUCGAACCCUCGAGAGCGGCCCAUAUACUCUCAAGUAUCGCGGUAGUAUGUGGGGCUACAAGCGUUUUUAUAGGAGGACGUCUCUGGAGCAAUCAGACUAUCUUAAAGAUGAUUGCCUUCUGGUUCAAUGUAUUGUUGGAGUUGUGAAGACGCAUACAGAAGGACCCAAACUUUAUAGAAUACCACUGCCACCUUCUGAUAUAGGACAGCAGUAUGGACAGCUUCUAGAAUCAAAAAAGGGAACUGAUGUAAAUUUUGAAGUUGAUGGUGAAAUCUUUGCUGCUCACAAAUUGGUUUUAGCAGCACGCUCACCUGUGUUUAGGGCUCAGCUUUUCGGUCCUAUGAAGGAAAAAAGCACGCAGUGUAUAAAGGUUGAAGAUAUUGAAGCUCCAGUUUUCAAGGCGUUGGUUCACUUCAUAUAUUGGGAUAAACUGCCUGACAUGCAAGAGCUAGCAGGUCUGAAUUCUAAAGGAGCUUCUACGAUAAUGGCUCAGCAUUUGCUAGCUGCAGCUGAUAGAUACGGACUUGAACGCCUCAAACUUCUUUGUGUGGCUACACUCGCUGAAGAUAUUUCCGUAAAUAACGUUGCAACGACAUUGGCAUUAGCGGAGCAACAUCAUUGUUCCCACUUGAAAUCAGUUUGCCUGAAAUUUGUUGCAUCACGCGAAAAUCUGAGAGCUGUUAUGCAGACUGAAGAAUUUGAGUACCUGAAGUUGAGUUGCCCAUCUGUAAUUAGUGAACUACUGGAGUUCGUCGCACGGUUCAGUGAGCAUUCUAUUCCUGUUCUGGGAUAUGGAAAUGAUCCAAUGCUAGAUGGUGGAGACGUGAACGGAAGACGCGUCAAGCCCAGACUAUUCUGAUAUAUUGUUUUUUUAAAACUUUCGCUGGAAGGAGAGGCGAGGGGAGAUGGUUGUGCUGGUUCCAUUGUAUUGUUGUACCAUAUGUCGCUGACUAGCGUGUACUGUUCUGGUAAUUGUAUGUAGUGUUAUUACUAUAAAAGUAAGAGGCUUUGGGGUGACAAGGAGGAACACAUCUGCAUCCAUUGUGUGAUUUUCGUAAUGAAAUUCUUUAAUAUUUUUCGGGAGUAUAAUGAAAUUAUGAGCCUAAAGACAUUUUAAAUUGA